UCAACUAAAUCAUCUACUCUAACGCUAUAAAUUCAACGUUGAGACGUCUAUUCCUCAAUCAAGGUUGGUUACUUACUCGUAAAAGCAUAAGCUGAUCAGUUGCUUAGUAAGAACAGAGAAGAAAUGGGGAGUCUUAAUGAGGAGAAGUUCCGGUUUUGUAUCGAUCGAGGCGGCACAUUUACAGACGUUUAUGCAGAAAGUCCUGGUCGAUCGGAUUGCCGAGUGAUGAAGCUUUUAUCUGUCGACCCCGCCAACUACGACGAUGCUCCGAUCGAAGGGAUACGGAGAAUUCUCGAAGAAUAUACGGGGGAGAAGAUUCCUAGGUCUUCCAAGAUCCCAACCGAUAAGAUUGAUUGGAUUCGGAUGGGUACCACCGUCGCCACCAACGCUCUUUUGGAGAGGAAAGGGGAGAGGAUUGCUCUGUGCGUGACUCGCGGUUUCAGGGAUCUCCUUCAGAUUGGUAACCAAGCUCGUCCUCACAUCUUUGACCUCACCGUCACCAAGCCUUCCAAUCUUUACGAGGAGGUCGUAGAUGUCGAUGAAAGAAUCGAGCUUGUUCUCGACAACGAAGAGCAUGGUCCAGAUUCUUUGAUUAAGGGGAUUUCGGGCGAGCUAAUCCGGGUCGUGAAGCCGCUCAAUGAAGAAGCUCUGAGGCCUUCACUGAAAGCUUUACUGGAUAAGGGGAUAAGCUGUUUAGCUGUCGUGUUAAUGCACUCUUACACGUACCCUCAACACGAAAUCUUGGUGGAGCGAUUAGCUCUUAGCCUGGGCUUCAAACAUGUAUCUCUGUCUUCGGCAUUGUCUCCCAUGGUACGUGCAGUGCCAAGGGGAUUUACAGCUAGUGUGGAUGCCUACCUCACUCCCGUCAUCAAAGAAUACUUAUCUGGGUUCAUAUCAAGAUUCGAUGAAGGGCUGGGGAAGGUGAAUGUUCUGUUUAUGCAGUCGGAUGGAGGACUUGCCCCAGAAAGUAGAUUUUCUGGUCACAAAGCUGUCCUGUCGGGACCUGCUGGUGGGGUAGUAGGUUAUUCACAAACUCUUUUCGGGCUUGAGACGAUGAAGCCACUCAUCGGAUUUGAUAUGGGUGGCACAUCCACGGAUGUGAGCCGUUACGCAGGUAGCUACGAGCAAGUGCUGGAGACCCAGAUUGCAGGGGCCAUAAUUCAAGCUCCUCAGCUUGACAUAAACACUGUUGCUGCUGGUGGUGGGUCAAAGCUGAAGUUCCAGUUCGGAGCUUUCAGGGUAGGACCUGAAUCAGUUGGGGCACACCCAGGUCCUGUUUGUUACAGGAAAGGUGGAGAAUUGGCAGUUACAGAUGCUAAUUUGAUUCUAGGAACCGUUAUUCCUGAUUACUUCCCCUCAAUCUUUGGGCCCAACGAGGAUCAGCCAUUGGAUGUUAAAGCUACCAGAAAUGAAUUCGAGAAGCUUGCGAAGAGGAUCAAUUCCUACAGAAAAAGCCAGGAUCCAUCGGCCAAGGACAUGACAGUGGAAGAGAUUGCCCUUGGAUUUGUAAAUGUAGCCAAUGAAACAAUGUGUCGGCCGAUAAGGCAGUUAACAGAGAUGAAGGGCCAUGAGACAAGGAACCAUGCUCUUGCUUGCUUUGGAGGUGCUGGGCCACAACAUGCAUGUGCUAUUGCAAGGUCCCUGGGCAUGAAUGAAGUCUUGAUCCACAGGUUCUGUGGGAUCUUGAGUGCUUACGGGAUGGGGUUGGCCGAUGUUGUUGAGGAGUCACAAGAGCCUUACUCUGCUGUUUAUGGUCCUGAAUCUGUGCUGGAGGCCUCGCGUAGAGAAUCCAUUCUGAUGGAGCAAGUAAAGCAAAAGCUGAAAGACCAAGGCUUUGGCGACAGAAACAUUACGACAGAGACGUAUCUCAACUUGAGAUACGAGGGUACAGAUACAGCCAUCAUGGUGAAGAGAUCAAAGACUGAAGAUGGCUUGGAAAGCGAUUAUGCAGUUGAAUUUGUUAAGUUGUUUCAGAAAGAGUAUGGUUUUAAACUGCAGAACCGGAAUAUCCUGAUCAGUGAUCUUAGAGUUCGCGGCAUCGGAGUCACUAAUAUCUUGAAACCUCUACACCUAGAACUUGUUUCUGGUACACCUGGGACUGAAAGUCGCCAUAAGGUCUAUUUUGGAAAUGGGUGGCAUGAGACCCCAUUAUUCAAGCUUGAGAAUUUGGGUUACGGGCAUGUCCUGCCUGGCCCAGCAAUCAUCAUGAACGGUAAUAGCACUGUUAUUGUAGAACCUGAGUGUAAAGCGAUUAUUACCAGAUAUGGCAACAUCAAAAUUGAGAUCCAUUCAGUGUCAUCGACAGCAAAAAUCACAGAAAAGGUAGCAGAUGUGGUGCAGCUUUCGAUUUUCAACAACAGGUUUAUGGGCAUUGCUGAACAGAUGGGGCGUACCCUGCAGAGAACGUCCAUCUCAACAAAUAUCAAGGAGAGGCUUGAUUUCUCUUGUGCUCUGUUUGGUCCUGAUGGUGGACUGGUUGCUAAUGCCCCUCACGUCCCUGUCCACUUAGGUGCCAUGUCUAGCACUAUCCGGUGGCAGUUCAAGUUCUGGGGUGACAAUUUGAAUGAAGGAGAUGUUUUGGUGGCGAAUCAUCCUAGUGCAGGAGGUAGCCACCUUCCCGAUAUUACUGUUAUCACCCCUGUAUUUGAUAACAGGAAACUGGUAUUUUUUGUGGCUAGUAGAGGGCAUCAUGCAGACAUUGGUGGUAUAACACCUGGGAGUAUGCCGCCGUUUUCAAAGUCCAUAUGGGAAGAGGGAGCUGCUAUAAAAGCAUUCAAGCUCGUAGAAAAGGGAAUCUUUCAAGAAGAAGGAAUUGUCAAACUACUUCAGUUCCCCUGUUCUGAUGAUGAAUCAGACCAUAAGAUCCCAGGAACACGCAGGCUUCAAGAUAAUUUGUCUGAUCUUCGAGCACAAGUGGCUGCAAACCAGAGAGGAAUAUCUCUCAUUAAAGAGCUUAUUGAGCAGUAUGGUUUGGAAACAGUUCAGGCUUACAUGACCCAUGUACAGACUAAUGCGGAAGAAGCUGUAAGAGAAAUGCUAAAAUCAGUCUCUGCUAGAGUAGCUGGUCCCUCGGCUGACUUUGGAGAGAGAAAUUCUGUCACCAUUGAAGAAGAAGAUUAUAUGGAUGACGGAUCUGUUAUAUGCCUAAAGCUAACUAUCAAUACCGAGAAGGGUGAAGCUUUGUUUGAUUUCAAUGGGACCAGCCCAGAAGUGUAUGGGAAUUGGAAUGCACCAGAAGCAGUUACAGCUGCAGCUGUCAUAUACUGUCUCCGCUGUUUGGUUGAUGUUGAUAUUCCUCUGAAUCAAGGUUGUCUGGCUCCAGUUAAAAUCUACAUUCCCAAGGGUUCUUUCCUUUCUCCAAGUGAUAAAGCUGCUGUAGUGGGAGGUAAUGUUCUUACUUCUCAGAGAGUUACUGAUGUAGUACUUACUGCCUUUCAGGCCUGUGCAUGUUCUCAGGGUUGUAUGAAUAACCUCACUUUCGGGGAUAAUAGUUUUGGUUAUUAUGAAACGAUUGGAGGUGGGAGUGGGGCAGGACCUACUUGGGAUGGGACCAGUGGUGUCCAGUGCCAUAUGACCAACACACGUAUGACAGAUCCAGAGAUCUUCGAGCAGAGAUACCCUGUUUUAUUGCAUAAAUUUGGGCUACGAGAGAACAGUGGAGGUGCUGGCCUUCAUAGAGGGGGAGAUGGACUUGUGAGGGAGAUUGAGUUCCGGCGUCCUGUGACGGUCAGUGUGCUUUCAGAAAGGCGUGUUCAUGCACCAAGAGGGUUGAAGGGUGGCAAAGAUGGGGCUCGUGGGGUUAACUACCUGAUUACAAAAGAUAAAAGGCAAGUUUACCUCGGAGGUAAGAACACAAUUGAGGUGCAGGCGGGGGAGAUUCUUCAGAUUUUAACCCCAGGUGGUGGUGGAUGGGGUUCUCCUCUUUGAUCAUAUUUAUUGAAUGUAGCAAUUCCAUGUUUCAACUUUCAACUUGAAAAUGCUAUUUUUUUUUCUUAAGGACUUUGUUGUUGUUCUCAUUGUCAGAACAAGUCACCCUAAUAUGUGAUUAGCGAAUAAGAUGUUUUCUUGUGCGUUCAAGAUA